AUUUCCAGACAAUGGUGCAGGUGUUAGGAGGCCUUACAGGAUGUGUUCAGCAUGUCUGUGCUACACAGGAAUCCAUCAUUCUAGAAAAUAUUCAUAGUCUACCAUCCUCAAUACUUCAUGUGAUCAAAAGUACAUUUGUACAUUGUAAGAAUAGUGAAUCUGUGUAUUCUGGUCGUUUGCACCUGGUGUCAGACCUUCUCCAGGCUCUUUUCAAGGAGGCCUAUUCUCUUCAAAAGCAGCUGAUGGAAUUGUUGGACAUGGUUUGCAUGGAUCCUUCAGUAGAUGAGAAUGACGUACUGAAUAUGGUAGGAGUUAUUCAUUCAUUGUUGGAUAUCUGCUCUGUUAUUUCCAGUAUGGACCAAGCAUUUCAUGCGAAUACUUGGAAGUUUAUAAUUAAGCAGAGCCUUAAGCACCAGUUGGUUAUAAAGAGCCAGUUGAAACACAAAGAUAUAAUUACUAGCUUGUGUGAAGACAUUCUUUUCUCCUUCCAUUCUUGUUUACAGUUAGCGGAGCAGAUGAUGCAACCUAAUGCACAGGAUAAUGCUGAUUACAGAUUGUUUCAGAAAACACUCAAAUUGUGUCGUUUCUUUGCUAACUCCCUCUUGCACUACACUAAGGAAUUUCAUACUUUCCUGUCUGAUUCUUGCUGUAUUUUGCAUCAACUUUAUCUUCAGAUAUACAGUAAGUUUCCUCCAAGCCUAUAUGCCAUCAGGAUUUCCAAAGCACAACAGGAGGAAAUAGCAGGUGCUUUCCUUGUGAUGCUGGACCCACUUAUCAGCCAGCUGCUCACAUCCCAGCAUUUUGUAAAGGCGGUUCUGGAUAGUCAAUUAGACCUGCCAUGUGAACUACAGUUUCCACAAUGCCUACUCCUGGUUGUUGUCAUGGAUAAGCUGUCCUCUCAGCCUGAAGAUGUACAGACCCUAUGGUGUACAGAAAGCCAAGUCUCUGAAGCUAUGACCAGGGUGUCUCUACUCAAAGCCAUUUUCUACAGUUUUGAGCAGUGUUCUGGUGAACUCUCUCUGCCUGUUCAUUUACAGGGAGUAAAGAGUAAAGGGCAAGCCGAGGUGGCUGUCACUUUAUAUCAUCAUGUUUGUGUUCAUCUGUGUGUGUUUAUUGCUUCCUUUCAUCCCUUGCUGUUUCCUGAGCUGGAUACUGUUCUGUUGAAUGCUGUGCUUAGUGCUAAUAUGAUUACCUCUUUGUUAGCGAUGGAUGCCUGGUGCUUCCUUGCCCGAUAUGGGACUGCUGAACUCUGUGCACAUCAUGUCACCUUAGUGGCUCAUCUGAUAAAAUUUUGUCCUGGAGAAUGUUUUCAGCUCACCAACCUAUCAAUACUGUUGAAGCGUCUCUUUUUCUUCAUGGCCCUACCCCACCAGGUGGAAUUUUUCCAAAAGUUUUCUCCAAAAGAAGCAGAAAAUUUGCCUCUAUGGCAGUACAUUUCCUUCCACGCAUUGUCUGCUGAUCUUAGGAAAGAAGCUGCAUGUGAAGUGACCAGAGUGUGCCUGGCCCAGUGCAGGAAAUGGCUGAGCAGCAGUCAGACUUUGGGAGAACUUGAGUUUCUGAACACAGCACUCUCUGCCUUACUCACUAUAUGUAAUUCUGCUGGUGAAGAGCUGGAUGUUGGACAACGAACAGCAAUUAUUGAAGUUUGGGGUCAGCUCUGGGCUUUUUUAAACAUUAAACAAGUAAUUGGCCAACCCUGUGUUCAGCAGACAUUUAGCCUUUUACUUAAACUACUGGGAUUUUUCAUACAAACUGUAGAUCUUCAACUGAUAAGUCAGGUAGUAACUUUGCUGCCCACACUACUGAAAUUUGAGCCUCCUGACCACAUCUCUUUGGCAGUGCUAGACUUUCUGUCUUCUCUAGGGAAACUUUUUAUUCCUCAAGCUAUCCAGGACAAGAUUCUGCCUAACCUGUCAUGCAUUCUUGCUCUACUGCUAACCAGCCGGAGUUGGCUGCUAGAACAACAUACUUUAGAGGCAUUUACUCAGUUUGCUGAGGGAACAAAUCAUGAAGAGAUAGUUCCACAGUGUCUCAGUUCUGAAGAAAUUAAGAACAAAGUUGUAGCCUUUCUGGAGAAGACAGGAUUUGUAGAUGAAACUGAAGCUGCCAAAGUGGACCGUGUGAAACAGGAGAAAGGUGUCUUCUGGAGACCCUUUGCUAAGGUGACUGUGGAAGAAGCAAAGGGGUCAAUUUUACAGCCUCAUGCAAAAAGAGCCCGUCACGAGUGCCCCUUGGAAGAAGAGUACAGGUCAGCACUGCAAGCAGCAGCAGGGGCUUUGGAAGCAACUGAGUUGUUACUCCAAAAGGCUCCUGCUCCAGGCUGGCUGCUAAUGGAGAUGGAGGCACUGCAAGAAAGGAUCGAGAAGAUGAAACACUGUGUUCUCCAGGGUGAAACGUGAAUAAGCUGUGUUAUUACCAGACAGAACUGGGUUUGAUGCUUUAUCAACUG